AUGUCUUCGCAUUGGCUGCAUGACGAGGGUCUAUCUGGCCUGUCCCAAAGAUUUGGCUCCACCAACUGGUCCUCUUCUCUUGAUUUGUCAUUGGGGCAUCGGUUAGACUACGUCUUUUCAGACGGUGAUGAUGAUGCUUCUUCAUCAUUAUCUAAGCCGUCCAACCCUUGUCCUUCUACCGUGGCUCAUUCAGCCAUCUACUUCUUUACAGUCGCAGAAGCUAACAUCUCUCCUUCAGUCUAG